CCCAGCUCAGCACAAUGAAGCUGAUCGUGAUUUCCUGCCUGGUGGCGUUGGCCAUGGCCCGGCCUCAGGACCUGCUGGACGCCUCGCAGCCGUUCAACGGAGACACGGGCUCGGCGCAAGACGCUGGCAUCCUCCGCAUGGAGAACGUCCAGCGAGAGGACGGCUCCUUCCAGUACGGCUUCGAAACGGUCGACUCUAUCGUGCAAGACGUCACCGGCCAGAUCAAGCAGAUCGGAGAAGAGGUCGGCGUCGUCAUGCAGGGCUCCUACUCGUUCAUCGCCAAGGACGAGAACGGCGCGGACGUCCCAGUCAGCAUCACCUGGACGGCCGACGAGAACGGCUUCCAGGCGCAGGGUGACGCCAUCCCAGUGGCCCCCGAAGGUGCCAACCCGGUGGGUGCACAGGCCCCCGAAAUUAUCGUGGAGUAGUGCCGCUCUCAGCCUGCCUGCUCAGCUUCUUCAGCGCCGUGCCGGGACCCCACCCGGCACCGGCAGUGGCGCCGGAUGAGUGAUAAACGCCAGCACGGCAGUCGUCCUUCGAUCAGUGCCCAAUAUUCCGGAAAGACAAUAUAUUUGCGAUUU